AUGGCAGAUAAUAUUCGAUCUAUUGAAAUGUCGAUAAUCAAUGAUCAAAUAUUUCAAUGUGCACAAUCAACUUGUUUACCAUCUGGUAACUUCACAACAUCCGAUCUUUUUCAAUGUCAAGUCGAUUGUUUAAGUCGAAAUCAAUGCAUGGCAGCUACUUUCUAUAAAUCAAGUUCCAACUGUCAAUUAUUUAAUGACUCAUUAAAUCAAAAUGAAAACAUGUCAUAUGCAAUAAAUGUUGUAACAAUGAUUACAGUUGUAGGAACACGAUAUUCAUCUGAUCUGACUCUAAUUUCAACAUCAUCAUCCGCAUCAUCUACAUCAACAUCAUCAACGUCAACAACAGAAGCACCACACGUUUGGACAACAACUGGAAAUAUGCGUGUUGCACGAUUAUAUCAUACAGCAUCGGUAUUAUCAAAUGGAAAAGUAUUAGUUACUGGUGGAUGGACUGGUAGUGUUAAUCUCGACAGUACUGAAAUAUAUGAUCCAUCAACCGGUAAUUGGACAACAACUGUAAGUAUGAAUGUUCCACGAUCUUCUCAUACAGCAUCGAUAUUAUCGAAUGGAAAAGUAUUAGUUACUGGUGGACUUGGUGGUCCUAACACUGCUGAAAUAUAUGAUCCAUCAAUAGGUAAUUGGACAAGAACUGGAAAUAUGAAUGUUCCACGAUCUUCUCAUACAGCAUCGCUAUUAUCGAAUGGAAGCGUAUUAGUUACGGGUGGCUGGAAUGGUAGUGCUUCUGUCAACAGUGCUGAAUUGUAUGAUCCAUCAACAGGUAAUUGGACAAGAACUGGAAAUAUGAAUGUUGCACGAUCUUAUCAUACAGUAUCGAUAUUAUCGAAUGGAAACGUAUUAGUUACUGGUGGCUGGAAUGGCAGUGCUCCUUUCAACAGUACUGAAAUAUAUGAUCCAUCAACAGGUAAUUGGACAACAACUGCAAAUAUGAACGUUCCACGAUCUUCUCAUACAGCGUCCAUAUUAUCAAAUGGGAAAAUAUUAGUUACCGGUGGUUGUUGUCCAGUCAACAGUGCAGAAUUAUAUGAUCCAUCAACAGGUAAUUGGAUAACAACUGCCAAUAUGAAUGUUGUACGACUUUAUCAUACAACAUCGAUAUUAUCAAAUGGAAGAGUAUUAGUUACUGGUGGAAAGGAUUAUAGUGGUCCUCUCAACAGUGCUGAAAUAUAUGAUCCAUCAACCGGUAAUUGGACAACAGCUGUAAAUAUGAGUGUUGCACGAUAUCAACAUACAGCAUCGAUAUUAUCAAAUGGAAAAGUAUUAGUUACUGGUGGUUGUUGUUCUCUUAACAGCGCCGAACUAUAUUGA